GGACGAAGAAGGAACUAUCUCUCUUCUACUACUGUAUGAUCAUGUGGCUAGAGUGAAUGAUCAGAUAUUUGCUAUCACUUCCACUGAUUGGAUGAUAUCUAUAGAGUAGCGUUAACAAUCACGUAGCGAAUGCGACGGUAACGGAUAUAUUAAUUGUAAAUCUAAGUAAAACUGGAAUAUGUUUCAGUGGAUAUUUUGAAAUUUAGUACGAUAUUUAUAUAAAUUUUCUGUGUAUAAAUUUGAUAUGAAUAUAACAUUUAUACAAUAAAGCGUGACUUUAAAUUAUUCAACUGGUGAUAUUCAAAUAAUUAUGAAUGAUGGAACAUUUUAUGAGAAAAGUGUAAUAUAUAAAGAGUAGACUUUGUUAAAGAGAUAUUAUUGUUUUUAUAAAAAAAAACGUUCAUUUCUGGAAAAAUAUACGCAAUAAUUGAUUUCAAUAUACCACGUUAUUUACAAAACAAAAUGUAGAUACUAACAUUUAUCAAAAUGCUAACAUUUUGUGGGAAAAUUCUGACAAGUAUAAUAAAGAUAAAUGCAGAAUAAUAGUGAUUGUUGAAUGCGUUGAUUGACAUGGACUAUCAAAAUAACUUUUGAAUUCUUAGACAAAAUGAUGAUUUCCAACAUUUAAUCGUCUGUUUACAAUAUGAAUGCGGCAAUCAAUAAAAGAGCGGAAUUGUACGACUGGAUUAUCUGUUACGUUUAUUUACCUUUACACGUGAUAUAUACCUUUAACAAAUCAAGCUUAAGUUGUUUAAGUCACCUGCGAAUAAAACAAACCUUGUUUGUUUGCUUGAUAUGAAUAGCUAAAAUUGUGUAAGACAUGUAUAUCAUUUAAGCAAUUUGUUGCUGUUCUGAUUUUUAAUAAGGAAAAUCGUGUGUCAUAUUUGCUUAAAUUUGAAACAGAGCUUACUUAUAUUUUAAGUUAGUAAUUUUUUAAACGGAUAUUAACUGACAAUAUUAUAAGUUAUUUACUCAUUAUUUUUAAAUGAUUAACAGGAAAUCUCAUUUUUUGCUUAUUAUUUUAUCUGAUAAAAAGCAUUAUUUUCACAACUUUAUAAAGUUUAGGGGGAAAUGCAAAGAACACCGUUUGCGGAAAUCAAAAACCAAUUGACUUUUAAAGUGUAAAUAAGAGUGGAAAUAAUUUUGUACUUUUCUUCAUUUUGGAUAACUAUUGAAACAGUUCAUGAGCAUGAACAUAAACUAUUUGUAAAAAAAGGAUAUAAAUGAAGGAGCCAGCUAUCAUGGAUUAUUGUGGUGGUUAUAUAUCUUUACAGAAGAAUUGGCUUGUUGUUGUGAUUCUUAUUUCAACUUCCAAAUUAGGCGCCACUAACGAUACUGUGACGCUACCGCCAGUGCAAGGUUCAUCGUUGUGGUCAAUAUGGUGGAACUACGAUGGCAUUUCCGGUCCAUCUAUGUGGGGAUCCAUGAACGGAGAGUGGUUCAUGUGCAGCAAGGGUAAAAAUCAGUCGCCUAUAGAUAUUGAACCAAACACGUUGCUGUUUGAUCCGUCUUUGAAACAUAUAGAAAUUGAAGGUGAUAUGAUGAGCGGCACUCUAAUCAACAAUGGCGUGGACUUGACAUUUGAAGCAAAUGAGACGAGUUUGUAUGCACCCGUUAACAUAACACUUGGGCCUUUAUCAUACAAAUAUACAAUAUCACAGAUAAAAUUCCAUUUCGGGAGUUGGGACGGCAUGGGUUCUGAACAUUCCAUCAAUAAACAAUGGUUUGACGGAGAGGUUCAAGUAAUAGCCUACAAUUCAGAUGUUUAUAAAAAUUUAUCACAUGCAGAAAAGGCUCCUAGAGGGGUAGCAAUAAUAGCAGCAUUUUUACAGGUUGGAAAAUAUAGAAAUAGAGACUUUGAUGUUAUAUCAGAACUGAGUAGAAUAGUAUUAUAUAAAGGUCAAAGAGCAAGAUUAAAACAUUUUAGCAUCUUAUCAUUCCUACCUAACAAAGAACAUUAUAUAACAUACGAUGGUUCGUUUACUCAGCCUGGUUGCUAUGAAACUGUUACUUGGAUGAUUUUAAAUAGACCUAUAGGAGUAACUCAUGAACAGCUUGAGUUACUUCGUAAUUUACGUCAAAGAGAUAUACAAAAUCCUCAGUCGUUCAUGGCUGACAAUAUUCGUCCAUUAAUGCCUUUAAACCGACGUACAGUUAGAACAAAUAUCAAUUUUAAGCGAGGAUGUUCAAUGGAACAGGACAUGCAUUACCAAUGUACGUAAACAUUUGUAUAUACAGACGUUUUGC